AAAAUAGAAGGAAGAGACAGAAACGAACAAGCAAACAUCACAUGUCGUGAGACGCCUGAGGAUCGAUCUCCGGCGAAUUAUCUCCGGCUACGAUACUUCCUGUGCAUGAAUCUCACAUUUUAUAUGUAGAUUUGAUUUUUGUAUAUUCAUAAUUACAAUUCUAAAGAAAUUCUUAGAUUUAUAAUAAUAAUAAUGGGAGAGGGAAGACAGCGUCCGACGAUGGAUCUGCUGCGGUCGGAGCCAAUGCAAUUGGUGCAACUCAUCAUUCCUAUUGAAUCAGCUCAUCGUAGCAUCUCUUAUCUCGGUGAUCUCGGCCUCUUUCAAUUCAAAGACCUCAAUUCGGAGAAGAGCCCGUUCCAACGAACAUACGCUACCCAGAUCAAGAGAUGUGGGGAAAUGGCACGCAAGUUACGUUUCUUUAAGGAACAGAUGACAAAGGCUGGUUUAUCACCCUCAACUAGAUCAGCGAGGAAUGAUGAUGUUGAUUUAGAUAACUUAGAGGUGAAACUUGGAGAACUUGAAGCGGAGUUGAUAGAGAUGAAUGCAAAUCAUGAGAAGUUGCAACAAAGUUACAAUGAACUAAAAGAAUAUAAGUUAGUUAUGCAGAAGGCUGGUGAAUUUUUUCAGUCAGCUCAGAGCAGUGCUGCUGCUAAGCAGAGAGAAGCUGAAGCUCAGCAAAGGGGUGAAGGAUCCAUUGACUGUCCAUUAUUAUUGGAGCAAGAAAUGGUCACUGAUCCAUCUAAGCAAGUUAAGCUGGGAUUUGUCAGUGGUCUUGUCUCAAGAGAAAGAUCAUUGACCUUUGAAAGAAUUCUAUUUCGUGCAACCAGAGGAAAUGUCUUUUUGAAGCAAUCCGUAGUUGAAGAUCCUGUUACUGAUCCUGCAUCCGGGGAGAAGGUUGAGAAAAAUGUGUUUAUGGUCUUUUAUUCUGGUGAAAGAGCAAGGAACAAAAUUAUGAAAAUUUGUGAAGCUUUUGGAGCAAACAGAUACCCAUUCACAGAGGACCUAGGCAAACAAUUUCAGAUCAUUACAGAGGUGUCUGGAAGACUUGAAGAGCUUAAAACUACCAUUGAUGUAGGACUGGUGCACCGGAGCAAUUUGUUACAGACAAUCGCCUAUCACUUUGAGAAUUGGAGCCUUUUGGUGAAGAAAGAAAAAUCCAUUUAUCACACGUUGAAUAUGCUCAGCAUAGAUGUUUCAAGAAAAUGUCUUGUUGCUGAAGGUUGGUGCCCUGUUUUUGCAACAAACCAGAUUCAAAGUGUUUUACAGAAGGCAACUAUUGACAGCAGCUCACAAGUUGGGACCAUAUUUCAUGUUCUCCAGACAAAGGAAUCACCUCCUACCUAUUUCCACACCAACAAAUUUACUUCUGCGUUUCAAGAAAUCGUGGAUGCAUAUGGGAUUGCAAAGUAUCAAGAAGCGAACCCUGGUGUAUUCACUAUCAUCACAUUCCCUUUCCUUUUUGCUGUAAUGUUUGGUGAUUGGGGCCAUGGUAUAUGCCUGUUUUUGGCAACAUCAUAUUUCAUAAUCAGAGAAAAGAAAUUUUCUAGUCAGAAGCUUGGAGACAUCACAGAAAUGAUUUUUGGUGGUCGCUAUGUUAUUAUGAUGAUGGCAUUGUUCUCAAUCUACACAGGAUUGAUAUAUAAUGAAUUCUUUUCAGUCCCAUUUGAACUAUUUGGGCCCUCUGCUUAUGGAUGCCGUGAUCCUUCUUGCAGCGAUGCUUCUACUGCGGGUUUAGUAAAAGUACGUGCCUCUUAUCCUUUUGGUGUGGAUCCUAAGUGGCAUGGUACUCGGAGUGAGUUACCAUUUCUUAACUCAUUGAAGAUGAAGAUGUCAAUUUUGCUUGGAGUAGCUCAGAUGAAUCUUGGAAUCAUAUUAAGCUACUUCAAUGCAAAAUUUUUCACUAAUGAAAUCAACAUUUGGUACCAAUUUGUUCCCCAAAUGAUAUUUUUGAACAGUCUGUUUGGAUACUUGUCACUCCUCAUAGUCGUGAAAUGGUGCACUGGUUCUCAAGCUGAUCUUUAUCAUGUGAUGAUCUAUAUGUUCUUGAGUCCUACAGAUGAACUUGGUGAAAAUCAGCUUUUCUUCGGUCAGAAGUUUCUCCAGAUUGUGUUGCUGCUGGCAGCUCUUGUUUCUGUACCAUGGAUGCUGUUUCCAAAGCCUUUUCUUUUAAAGAAGCAACAUCAGGAAAGGCACCGUGGUCAAUCCUAUGCACUAUUAGAUAGCUCCGACGAUGACCCUCUGGAAACGGAAUUGCACCAUGGUUCUGGUAGCCAUGAAGAGUUUGAGUUCAGUGAGGUCUUUGUGCACCAACUGAUACAUACUAUUGAAUUUGUGCUUGGAGCAGUGUCUAAUACAGCUUCGUAUCUUCGGCUAUGGGCUCUAAGUCUAGCCCAUUCCGAGCUGUCAAGUGUAUUUUAUGACAAGGUUUUACUUCUAGCCUGGGGGUUCAACAAUAUCAUUGUUCUUAUUAUUGGCAUAUUUGUAUUCAUAUGUGCAACGGUCGGUGUGCUACUAGUGAUGGAAACCCUCAGUGCAUUCUUACACGCAUUGAGGCUUCACUGGGUGGAGUUUCAGAAUAAGUUCUAUGAGGGAGAUGGUUAUAAAUUCCAACCAUUUUCAUUUGCAUUAGUUAGCGAGGAUGAUGAAUGAAAGGAAAAAAAAAAAAAAACACCCUAAGGUACGAUACAAAAAAUAUAGUCGGAUCUGAAACAAGAUAGUAAGAUACUGAAUAGGAAUUGGUGAGAUUGCGUAUUGGGAGUAGAAAUGUUAAAGAGUAAGUGAGGAAGCAAACUGUUGGGACGACCAAGCUCGUUCACUUGCCCCCAGUUUGUCAAUGUUGUAAUUUGUGCAGUAGAGAUUCUUUUAGAGGCACAGGUGAGAUGCCAAUGCCAUUGUCUUUUCCACAUCGGUGGUUAUGAAAUUUGUCUGUCAAUUGUAAAACAAAAUAUAAUUGCGACACUUGUAUGUAUAUCAUGUAACAAAUUGAUUCUUUUGAC